UAAAACCAACUAGACGAAGUAGUGAUGUUUACUUUAGUGAAAAAUUGAAAGAUGAGUGUCGAUACAUUACCGUUCACUUUGAGUUACAAUCAGAAAAUGAUACAUUUAUUGUUCUCACUUAUCGGACGGGAUUAUUUUUAACAAAUCAACGAAAUUUUGCCCGAUAAUUAUUUUUAUCCUCCUGUAACUUCACAGAGCUAAAACGCCAAAAUUUCAGGAGUAAUAAGUCAUUAUAAGAAGUGUUUUUGAACUAAAAAUUAAGAAUGAGUGAUACUGUUUGUCAGUGAUUUUGAAAGCCCAGUGCUUGCGAUGCAGGGGAAACAAAUUCUGUCGCGUAUACCAACCUUGGCACGAUGCUCGCAAUAAAUAAAAGCGCUACCCCUGCUGAACUUUACAUUACACACUUGAGAAAACACAGUCUGGUGUGAGGAAAAUCAAAGCGAUCGAGGAAACUUGUAAUCUAGGUUAAUACUACAGUGUGACCACUAGAUGGAGACAGUGUCUGUUCUCAUGGAUAAUGGAUUGAAGACCUGUUGCAAAUUUGUUCCCAGUCCUAUUCAAACUGUGAUGAGUUGAAACACUUAAGAGACACUAAAUUAGAAAUUAGGAUUAUGUUUGCUAUUGGUAUUCAGCAAUACACAAGAAAAACACAGGAAAUCUGAAGGGGAAGUUCGUUUUACUGUCGCCUGGCUCUCAUAAAUGACAUGAAGCAGCUUUUUGUGGUCAGUCAUGGGAGGCACACAGCAGAAUGUCCUUCACUUUUUGAUGCUUGUAGUUUCUUGUAUCUUUGCCUUCCUCGCACCUGCUGCAGGUCAGAUCAGACUAGCUGGGUCUGGGUCCACUUGGUGCUCUGGAAGGGUUGAAAUCUAUCACAGUGGCUCCUGGGGAACAGUCUGUGAUGAUGACUGGGACUUAAACGAUGCCAACGUGGUCUGUAGAAGACUUGGCUGUGGGACACCAGUGAGUGCCACUGCAUCUGCUCACUUUGGUCAAGGCAGUGGAGAAAUCUGGCUUGAUAAUGUGGCCUGUUCAGGAAGUGAAAGUUCUAUAACUGAGUGUGGACACAAUGGAUUUGGGAAACACAACUGUGGACAUGGCGAGGACGCUGGUGUUGUCUGUUUAGGUGCUCAUACCAGAUUAUCUGGGCCUGGGUCCACUCGGUGCUCUGGAAGAGUAGAAAUCUACCACAGCAGUGCGUGGGGAACAGUCUGUGAUGAUGACUGGGACUUAAAUGAUGCAAAAGUGGUCUGUCGACAGCUGGGCUGUGGGACAGCAGUGGAGGCCACUUCAUCUGCUCGCUUUGGUCAAGGGACUGGACAAAUCUGGCUUGAUAAUGUGGCCUGUUCAGGAAGUGAAAGUUCUCUACCUGAGUGUGGACACAAUGGAUUUGGGAAACACAACUGUAACCAUGGUGAAGAUGCUGGUGUUGUCUGUUCAGGUUUGAUCAGAUUAUCUGGGUCCACUCAGUGCUCUGGAAGAGUAGAAAUCUACCACAGUAGUGACUGGGGAACAAUCUGUGAUGAUGGCUGGGACUUAAAUGAUGCUGAAGUGGUCUGCAGAUACUUAGACUGUGGAACAGCCCUGAGGGCUAUAUCUGCUGUUUUUGGUGAAGGAAGUGGACAGAUCUGGCUUGAUGAUGUGGCCUGUUCAGGGAAUGAAAGUUCUCUAAUUGAGUGUGGACACAAUGGAUUUGGGAAACACAACUGUAACCAUGGUGAAGAUGCUGGUGUCAUCUGUUCAGUGAGUCUCCCAAAACCCAGCAUCUCUGUAAAUGAAGAUCAGUUCACCUGGGGUCAGGACAUCAGCAUCACUUGUUCCAUCUCAUCUGAGUUCUUAGAUGGAACUUUCACCCUCAAGAAAACCUCAAGCAAUUUCAGUCAGACUGAAACAGGAUCCAGAUCUGCUACCUUCAAUAUCCACAGAGUGGACUUCAGUCAUGAUGGACUGUACCAGUGUCAGUAUGAGAAACACAUUUCAAGUAACACAUUCAGCUCCCCCCUCAGUGACUCUGUCAGAAUCUCUGUUACUGUAAGCAAACCCAAUAUCUCCAUCAGUCCUGCUGGUGAGGUGACCUGGGGUCAGAACAUUGGAAUCACUUGUUCAAUCUCAACUCAGACUUUAGGUGGAACGUUCAUUCUGAUGAAAACAUCAGAUUCAUUCAACAGGACCCAAAACUCAAACACAAACUCUGCUACCUUUAAUAUUCCUGAAGUAGACUUUGAUGAUGAGGGAUCGUACCGGUGUCAGUAUCAGGAAAGUGGACCCAGUCAUGAGUUUUACUCCCCACCAAGUGACUCUGUUAGGCUCUCUGUUACAGUGAGACUGCAGAGGCCCAGCAUUUCUCUGACAUCCCCUAAUGCAGGACUUGUCUGGGGUCCUGAAGGUGCACAGAUCACCGGGGGUUACAGCUUCGUCAUCACCUGUUCCAUUAACUCCACAUUUUCCAGUGGACAUUUUAUUCUGAGCUUCUCUGGCUCCAACCUCACAGAGUCAGCAGUCAACAACUCAGCCUCCUUUAGUUUCCCUGUAGCUGAGUAUGAACAUCAGGGCAACUACAGCUGUGUGUAUGAGGUCACAGUGUCCACACGGACAUUCAGAUCUGCUGAAACUGCACCGAUUACUGUCAUCAUUAAAUUGUCUUUGAUGCCGCUGGUGUCCUCUGUAUCUGUUGUAAUCCUGCUGCUGCUCCUGCUGCUGCUCUUAGCGGUGUGGCUGAUCCUCAGAAGAAGACAACAACACAAGCAGCCUGCAGCUCUCAUCCAAACUCAAAUGGUUGUCCAAGUUGGGAAUGAUUACACGUGGGGAGACAAUGAAGGCGAUGAGGACGUCUAUGUGAAUGUUGAUCUACAUCAAAAAAUAAAAGGUGAAGCUGCAGGAGUGGAUGGAGACUGGAGUGAUGACUAUGAGGAGCCAGUGAACGAUGACGACCGUGAUUUUAAGGAAACAGAUCCCGGUGACUAUUACAGAUGCCCAAAAGAGGCCUGUAUGUUUGUAGACAAUCACAGGGAAGAUGAUGAUGAAGAGAAAACUAGUGAUGCAGAAGACAUCUUUGAGAAUGUAUCCCCUCUAUCACCAGUUUAUUAACAUUCAAAAUGACCCGAAUUGCAUAAACAUCCAAAAUACAGUCACACUGAAAAAAUCUGCAGGCCAAUAAAUUUUCACCAGUGUCGUAUGGGUUCUAUUUCUUCAAUAUACCAUUCUUUGUAACAUAAUACAAUAUUUCCCUGAUAUAAUGAAGUCAUUUAGCAAUUAUCUUGUAUUAUGUGGUCAAAACUGAAGUACAUUAAGUACUUUAAAAUUACAGUUAUUUUCGAUUCCUUGUGGCAUACCUUCAAGUUAAAGGAAUCAUCUUCGGCCUAAUGCCUUUCGUGGUCACCUGACUUCACAAUAUCCUGAUCUGUGAGUUUGAUAUUGGUUCUUAUUUAAAGGUUCCCCUUCUGGAUCUCUGCAGGCUGCAUGUCAAAGGUAAAUGUGAAGGGUGUGCGGGGUGGCUCUAAUGAUUGCAAAACAAUGUCCUGUUUAUGGAAGUGUAUACUUAAAAUGGGGCUUUGUGUCCUGAGGUUGUCGUCAGAUCUGGUCCUUGUUCAUGAUGCCUAGUUUCAAAAUAUCAGGAGAAAAUUGGCAAAAUUGCUCAUCCUGAAGUUUCACAGUGGGACUAAAACCAAUGGGUGAUGUCAACCGUUCUGUUAUCCUUUCCUCUAACAUUAAAACAUCAUCAGAAUUUCAACAAAUUAAACAUUUUCUUUGACAAACUUUUCAAACACCACUGAACAAUUUAACUUCAAAAAACUGUUUGACUUUUUCCCCCCUUGAUAAUCUUACAAAGAGUGCAUCCGUAAUGGAUGGAAACAUUCUUUUAAACAACCUUUUCUUUGAACCUUUACAUUUUUUUUUUCCAUUUUAUUGAUUCGUACUGUAUUUUAUAUUUGAUCUUGGACAUGAAUCUGGGUUGGCUCUAUUUUAAAAUGUUACAAGUCUGAGUCUGAAUUGUUUUUCAAUGCUUUUUGUUUUUAUCUUCAUAUAUGAUUAUAUUUUCUUGUAUUAUAUCUAAAAAACUUUUUAUGUUGCAUGCUACUGUACAUGUCAACAUUACAUUAUACUCUGUGCAUGAUACUCAAAUACUUUUCCAAGGCAAACUUUAUUUUGGUAAAGUUAUA